AUACAGUCACAGAGAAACGCCAAUGGAUAGAUAAAGACCCAUUCCUUUUUCUGCUCUGCAAGUCUUUCAGAAAUUUCCUUGAUCUUGCCCUCAAAUCUCAAUCAUUCCGUCCUGUCGACGCCAACUUGGUAAAAAGUUCACUGACUUUUUCAUCUGAGUUUCUUUGCAAGUUCAGGGUUUGGGAAGCUCUUUUUCGGAAAAAUUCCUUCAAUGAAAGGGGAGGUGCAGCUAGAGCCAACAGGUGGAGAGAACCCUAAUGACUCCGAUCCUCUGCUGGAGAAUCAGGCAGAUUCUCCCCCAGGAAGCUCGAGUGAGAUCAGGAAUGAAGAUAUCGAGACCGGUUCGAUUCCCUGCUGUCGCAUUUGCCUCGAGAGCGAUGGCGAGCCUGAGGAUGAAUUGAUAUCACCAUGCAUGUGCAAGGGCACUCAGCAGUUUGUUCAUCGUUCAUGUCUUGAUCAUUGGCGUUCAGUUAAGGAAGGAUUUGCUUUCUCACAUUGUACCACUUGCAAAGCUCAGUUUCACCUUCAAAUUGCAUUUUUUGAGGACAACUCUUGGCGGAAAGUAAAAUUCAGGCUUUUUGUUGCAAGGGAUGUUUUCCUUGUAUUCUUAGCUGUACAAACUGUAAUUGCUGCAAUGGGUGGCUUUGCAUACAUAAUGGAUAAAGAUGGGGCCUUCAGGAACUCAUUCAGUGAUGGUUGGGAUAAGAUUCUGUCAAAACAUCCAAUACCUUUUUAUUAUUGUAUUGGGGUACUGGCGUUCUUUGUGCUGCUUGGAUUUUUUGGGCUUAUACUACAUUGCUCCUCCCUUAAUGGUAAUGAUCCAAGGAUGGCUGGCUGCCAGAAUUGCUGUUAUGGAUGGGGCAUCUUGGAUUGUUUUCCUGCAUCAAUGGAGGCGUGUUUUGCCUUGGUUAUUGUUUUUGUCGUCAUCUUUGCCAUUCUUGGCAUAGCUUAUGGUUUCCUUGCUGCCACCAUGGCCAUUCAGAGGAUCUGGCAGAGACACUACCAUAUCCUUACGAAGAGGGAGCUCACUAAGGAGUACAUAGUGGAGGAUCUUCAUGGUUGUUACACCCCACCAAAAUUGGAUCCAGAACAUGAAGCACGUCUAAAGAUGCUUAAGCUUUUGUAGUGAUAAAUGCUGAAGUGGUUUAUAUAUUUUCAAGUAUUUAAAAUUAAUCAGUAUGUGAGAGCUACAAUGUGUAUUUGCUCUGCACCCUUUGUUUACAGUGAGGAGGAAAGAAAACGGUCGUAUUCUAAGUGCUCCCCGAUCAAGGUGUGUGCACCUGAUUUGAUCUGAUCUUGCAAAGCUUGACUGAAACAUGAUUUGGUAUAUGGGCUUACAUAACCAUCUGUGCAGUUUCUACA